AUGGUUCCAUGUUUGUCAUGUCUGUUCCGUCCGCCGCAGGAUGAUCGCUGUGUUCUCCCAGAAGAGUGCCCGUGUCACCACAAUGGUAGACUCUACUACAGUAAUGACACCAUCACCAAAGACUGCAACACAUGUGUGUGUAAAGAGCGGCGCUGGCACUGCAGCCAAUCUGCGUGUGCUGGCGUGUGCGUGGCCACUGGGGAUCCACACUACGUCACGUUCGAUGGACGCUGUUACUCUUUCCUCGGGGACUGCCAGUAUGUGCUAGCCAGGGAAAACAGUGGUUUGUUCAGCGUUACUGCAGAGAACGUGCCGUGUGGGAGUACAGGGGUGACCUGCACCAAGUCUGUCACCCUGAGCCUGGGAAAUACCGUCAUACACCUAUUAAGAGGUAAAGCUGUGACAGUCAAUGGAAUGCCAGUCACCCUGCCAAAAUCCUACAGUGGCAGUGGUCUGUCCCUGGAUAAAGUCGGUCUAUUCGUGUCCCUUUCUUCACGACUUGGGGUAUCUCUGCUUUGGGAUGGAGGUAUGCGUGUGUAUAUACGACUGGCGGCCCAUUUGCGGGGCAGAGUUGGCGGUCUGUGUGGUAACUUUGACGGAGAUACAGAAAAUGAUUUCACAACAAGGCAGGGCAUCGUAGAGUCCACACCCGAGCUGUUUGGCAACUCCUGGAAGCUCAGCCCUUCCUGCCCCGAUGUGGCGGAUCAGGACCUUAGAGAUCCCUGUGCUGUGAGUCCAGGGGAAAUGUGUUCCCGGACAUAAAUACGUCCCACAGCAAAAUAUCCUAUAACUGUUUGUGUUUGUGUGAUGAUGUGAUUUCAGCUGAACGCCCACAGAGUCACAUGGGCCAGGAAAAAGUGUGCGGUCCUGACUCAGAAAC